GCGAUGCUACUCGGUGCUGCGAUCCCGGCGAUGGACGCUACUGCUGCUUAUAUACGUCGCAAUGCUGGCAGAGGCUAAGGCAAGCGGCAUCUCAGUUCAAGUCUCUUUCCGACGUUUUCAUCCUCGGCAUCCCGUAUUCGUCACGUGAUAUCGCAUUCCUCACAGCGCGUCGCCGUCUCCCUGCCAGCCACACUUCGCAUUCCUGAAAACGGAGGAAUCAAAUGGACCAUGGGCCCACAGGGAUUUGGACAAUCUCUGUGGAUCUUUCGCCGUUCUCCAUUGCUUCUCCGGUAGUCCUGUUUUCCUCCUCCCAGUUUGCAGUUUGUGCUUUUUCCUUUCAUAAUCCUUCUUAUUUCUCAAUGGAGACGUUGCCAACGCUACCGACGAGUAAGAGAUAUGGGAUGCAUUUUCGAGAGUAUGAUCCUACUCGCGAGAUGCUGAGUACUCCUCGCUAUGUAACGGAUCGUGUGGACGGCGUUCGAAGCAGUCCGCAGCUUGCAUCUCCGUCCUAUUACACAGGUACCCGACCGUCUGUCUACCGAUCUCCAGAAUCAAAAGCGCCCCUGUUUCUGCGCAAAACGCCGCUUCCACCGCUUCCACGGCCGCAGUCUACUGAUCAUUGGGGGUCUGAAGUGGUUGACCAUCGCCACCUGUACCCUCCCUCCCCAGAUUCUCUCGAAAGAGAGAAGAGGAAAGAGAGGGUGCAAGAGGAAGAGAAGCUCAAGCCAAAACCUGGGGGACCUCGCAGCAAGAAAACCAGUGAAACCGUUAUCAAAACGGAGCCUACAGACACGCAAACCCCCUUCGAGAGCGAUGCGUUUGCCGUCUAUAUGCCCACGACGAGGGUGCCCGUGAUGGACCACUCUGUCGGAUUCCGAGAACGUCGUGUUCAGCCUCCAUAUUCACCGACUCGCGCUGGGCCUGGUGGCUCUGUGAUUGACGGGUCGUCCCCUCAUACAGCUUCUUACUUGAGGGGUUCGGCUCACACGGCUUCGCCGGCAUCGAGGGAGCAAGUGGAUGCCGCAUAUCAGACGUAUAAGCGGAAGGCACAGUUGGUGAGGGAGAUGCAUGAGGUUGAGGGGGUGAGAGUGCCGGAGGAGAUUGUAUCGUAUGCUUACAGUCCGAUGACGACGAAGAGGGGGCAAGUGCAGGUGGAGGAGGUGGAAGUGGAGACGCCUGCUGCAGGUGCUUUUCCGGUUAGUCCGCCGCUGAGACAGACCUCGGAGAGGGUUUGGGGGAGGAUGUCUGGAGGGCCGGGUGCUGCUACGAGCACUCCGACGCAUACUGGAAGGGGGGAGUGGAAUUGGGCAGCGGCUGAAUGGUGCGAGAGCUCUAAGCGGCAGCAACCAUGCCCCCACGCCAGUGAAGAGGAAACCUCUAGCUACCCUACGUUUUGGGACGAGUACCGGAAAUACCACAGCAGGGCAGAACAGUAGCAAUAGCAGUCGUUUGAGGACAACCGCUACUGCUACCACGACGACUACGACCGUUCUACCAGACCCUAGAGAUACCGCGUCCGGCGCUUCUAGCGCCUUUUCAGCACCUUCGCCAACACGGGCGCCGCCAGAGCCAAAUGCAAAGUCCAAGCUUGGAGCUACCAUCCGGGUGCGGAUCAAACCUCGAACAACGACGACUACAUCAACACCUCCUCCGGCCGUAGCCACAACUCCCAAUCCUCCACGACAGAUCAGACAGCCCGACCCUGUACAAAAGGAGUCCUGGUGGGGCUUGUAUAAUCGCUC